AUGAAGGUCACCAGUGUUCUUCGCCAGUCGGCAAGCGCAUCGAACGCAGAAUAUUUCGAACAACUUCCACAGAUAUUAAAGAACUUCUUCACCAAACAUUCGCCGGCCACUGCGACCACCUACAGCCAAAAACCAACCUUCACCAACGACCCAACUGCUAACCCAUUCUUACCAAACAAACAUCCAGUGACCCUCAAAUAUCAUUCUCCACAAUACUCUCUUAGAAGACAAUCGGUGCUCUAUAAGACUGCCAAGAUGUACGGGAUUGAAGACUUGCUUCCAUCGUUGAACAACAAGAAAUUCUUUGAAGAUAAGUACACAACCAAGAGUUUCAUGAAGGGUGUUUUGCGUCCUAAGGGCCACAAGCACGAACUUAGCAAAGAAUCUAGACAAGAAGCGAUCAAGAAGGCCAUGGAGACUAUGGAAACCACCAUUGCCAAGGUCAAGGGUUCUAAGUACAAGAAGAAGAUGGAGAAGAAGAGAGAAGAAGAAAAGAAGUGGUAUUAG